GUUUGACUCACUGGCCUUUAUCUUUGGGGAGUUUUUUCUACAUCAUUUGUAAAGGAAAUGCGCCCUCCAAAAAUCCACCUAAGUGUCGGAAUGAAUAAUGCACUCGUUACCGACGCAUCGUUUUAACCCUUGAUAGUAGCCUACCCGCGCUGAAACUUAUCGUUUGAAAAAAAAAAUUGUUCUGGAAAGCGCAUAACAUCUGCCUUCGCGAGUCUGAUGUUGUCACCGAACCAAGACGAACAUGCCCACUCAAAAGAUCCGGUGAAAUACGGAGAAUUGGUGAUUCUUGGGUAUAAUGGCUCGCUGCCGGGGGGUGACCGAGGCCGCAAGAAGAGCCGCUUCGCUCUCUACAGACGGGCCAAGGCCAACGGAGUCCGACCCAGCACUGUACACAUCCUCACUAACCCACAGGACAGCAAGGUGAGUGAGUGUGUGGGGUCGGUCAAACCCAGCAAUGUACACAUCUUCACCAGUCCACAGGACAGCAAAGCGGUCAAUAGUAAGGGCCACCACAGCAUCUCCUUCACACUGUCCCGUAACCAGACGGUGGUGGUGGAGUACUGUCAUGACCCCGACACGGACAUGUUCCAGAUUGGCCGCUCCACCGAGAGCCCCAUUGACUUCGUCGUGACGGACACCACGGGGGGCUCCAAGGAGACGGAGGACUCGUCCGUGUCCCCGAGCACCAUUUCCCGCUUCGCCUGCCGCGUGGUGUGCCAGCGCCACCCGCCCUACACCGCCCGCAUCUACGCCGCCGGCUUCGACUCCUCCAAAAACAUCUUCCUCGGGGAAAAGGCCACUAAGUGGAAGAACCCUGAUGGCCACAUGGACGGGCUGACCACCAAUGGCGUGCUGGUGAUGCACCCCGAGGGUUUCCCUGACGACUCCAAGCAGGGGGCCUGGCGGGAGAUCUCGGUGUGCGGGGACGUGUACACGCUGCGGGAGACUCGCUCGGGACCUGUACGGGGACAGCUGGCUCAGGGGGAGAGCAGUGCGCUGCAGGACGGCUCCCUGGUGGACCUGUGCGGCGCCACCCUGCUGUGGCGCACGGCCGAGGGCCUGCUGCGGGCGCCCACCCUGCGCCACCUGGACGCGCUGCGUCUGGAGCUGAACGCUGGCCGUCCGCAGUGCCCUGUGGGCCUCAACACGCUGGCCUUCCCCAGCCUCCCGCGCAGCCACAGCCUGGAGGAGCGCCAGCCCUGGGUCUACCUCACCUGCGGCCACGUGCACGGCCGCCACGACUGGGGCCAGCGGCCGGAGCGGCACCGCGAGGAGGGUGGGAGGGGGGAGGACGGCGGCGGCGGCGCCGCCGGCGUCGGGGGGAACCGCGAGUGCCCGCUGUGCCGCUCCGUGGGGCCCUACGUGCCGCUGUGGCUGGGCAGCGAGCCGGCGCUGUACGUGGACGCGGGCGCCCCCACGCACACCUUCACACCCUGCGGCCACGUGUGCUCAGAGCGCACCGCGCGCUACUGGGCCGAGACGCCGCUGCCACAUGGCACACACGCCUUCCGCCCCACAUGCCCCUUCUGCUCCACGCCGCUGGCGCCUGCCCCUGGGUUCUCCCGCCUCAUCUUCCAGGGCCCAGUGGACUGACCCAACACCCCCGCCCCCCGCCCCCAACCCCAGGACCCCACUCCACCUCGACCCCACCCCCACCCCCCACUUCGACCCGACUGCAGCCGCCAGCAGAGAGGAUCUGGCUUAGCUGCUGCCUACCCUCUCCAACUCCCCUUGUGAUGUCCCUGAGGCAACCAGAGGUGUACACACACACACACACACACACACACACUCACUAUCAGGCUCUUUCUGUGUGUUAACAGACACACAUACUUUAGCAUUACCUCCUGAUUGAGUAACUGGGCUCAGACUCCUGGUGGAAUGGAUGCAGUUUAACUUCCCAAAAGCUUGGUUGGGUUACCACCACGUUUAACGAGGGGGGUGUGUAGGAUUUUCAGUCUAAAACAUUCAUAGCAAUAGAAUGCUAAGAAAUAAACAUUUUGAUGUAAUGUCAAAAACACCUGUUCUAGCCAGAUAUCCACUAAAUUUAGCAUGCUAACCGGCAAGUUCCAGGCCAUACUCUCAUAACCUUGGUACCUCAAGAGAUGCUGUGCUGAAUACAUGCAAGUCAAUGAAAUAGCGCUGUGACGGACGUUAUGGUGCGUUUAAUACAACUGGAAUCCUACUAGCUCCUUUUAAACAAUGGCCUAUUUACUCUACUGUAAAUAACUGAUACGACAACCAGGCUUUACGGUAACUGUUAACAGUUAACUGCUCAUGUUUACUCUUUCAAAACAACUAUUACUCUCUGAGUCUGAGGGAUGUGUAUGUGUGUAUACCUCUGCAAUCCGGUUGCCCCAACAACUUCUGACGCUGGAGGUUUCACUGGCGAGCCGAGGCCGAUUUGGUUUUACGCAGGGCUGUUUGGGCCUGUACCCCACUGACUCUACCGCCAGACAGUGACUACCGGACUGGAACUCACUCGCACUCCCAAACAGCACUCUACUCUACUCUACUCUACUCUAAGCAAUACACAGUCCAUCUAAGCUACUUUUAACUUCUACCAAGAGAUGCAACAACGCUGCAGUCCACUUUACUGUAAAACACCACAAUAUUGCCUCCGCCACUGGGAGCUCCAGUCUCGGGUCAACCCCAGGGUCAGGGCAUCCAUGUAGCCCUUGCCAAAUGGUAGCUGCCCCCACACCCCCGGGCCGCCUCCACGCCAGCGCAGGGCCAGACCCCCACAUGGCUCAGCAGGUCCGGCUCCGCUCCGACCUGGCUCCCUACUUAGAGGUCUUGAUCUUUAUUUUUUACUCGUUUGUGUUAGCAUUUAAAUGGAAUGUGUGGUCGUAGCAGAGGCAGUGUGUAGAACCGUAUGGAGAUGCUCAUAUUUUUCUAUAUGGAGGCUGUCGGUCUCGUCCUAGCUGACCUCUCCGGUUAGCUCUUUUUUAUAUUCCAGUGUUUGACAUAUAGCAGUAUAUGAAUAUAUAUUGUACGUAUGUGUGGAUAUAUGACUAUAUGAUAUGAAAUGAUGUGACUACUGAAGAUCUCUCAGCUCAAACAGAUCGAAUGCCACACUGUGUUCCAUCCCAUCAUGGCGGCUCGGCUUGUCUUGGAUCAGACCCAGUCCGCUCCUGGUUUGACCUCAAUGCUGACCAGAUCAGGAUCACGGCCUGCCUUGAGCCAGACGCCAUCUGGGACGUGAGGAAAAACAAACAAACAACAUUAACUGAACUAAACUAAACACGAUAACACUCACUCUCCAAUCUCAUCACGAUGAAUGUACUAUUCAAAACUUCCUGGCAAUAUGUUUCUUCCCCCUGGUGCUAGAUAUGAUCUCGCUUCUCUAUAUUUCUAUCAGCGCGCCACAACACUCAGAACCUCAAGUGUGUGAGAAACCUCACGUGACAUUUGCCUGCUCUAAACACUCCCCCUAUAUAUAUAUAUAUAUAUAUAUAACACACAAACAAAGACUGCACUUCUGGACACACAAGAUUGGUUUAAGGGGUCUCAAUCCAUCUGGUAUUAAGAGGAUUUGGGCUGACAUCAGCUGGUAUUUCCAAAUGCUCCGUCGAGACAGUUUAAACGGGAAUCAACCUCUCGAUGUCAUUCUUUGAUUAAACACAAGCACUCUACUGCCAAAGCUGGCUGGCUUACUACACAGUAACAACAGACAUAGAGGAGGGGUAUUAAGUCUAGGUUUGCCUUGAUUUUAAUACUUACCUUGAUGUUUACAUUUACCAGAUGCUGCCAAAAAACAAACCGAAAGGGGAUGAAAAAGAUGUGUUGGUCUAUUGCUAGAGGUUGUGGUGCAUUUGUUUCCUUUGAUGUAUGCUGGGAACAGUGCCAGGAGACCCACUCACUUGUGUGAACUCUCUGGCAUUUGAUCGUGGUCAUGUGUGGAUGAAGAUGAUGAUGAUGGUGAUGAUAAUUAUAAGAACAGCCCCUUAGGAUGUUAAGCCAAGCUCUACAGAUCCCUCAACAAAUUCCCUUGCUUGAGGGUGUGCCCAAAUUAGGGUCAGUCCAGUCCCUGUUGACUGGACACUGAGACUGAUCGACUCAGGGAGCAUGUGCAGUUAGCGGUCACUGGAACAGGACACGGAGCUCGGAUCGGAGUUGGAGUUGACUGGAGAAGAUUCAGCGAAAGGGAGGGGUCUCUAGUGUUCAUUCAAACUUAAGUGUCCUUCCUAGAUAACAGGUUCACUGUUGGCUGUUGUUUUGGAUGUUGAGGGGGGAGUGUUUGCCGUGUUUUACUGCUCAAGCUCAAAAGCCCAUGAUGUUGGCUGAGACUGACUCCAGAGUGGUUCACAGCUGUAAUAAGCAUCAUGUUCAGCAGUUUUGUCCUGCACAGAUUCUAUGACCGCAGUUGCCCCUGGCUUUUGUCCUGCACAGAUCCUAUGACCGCAGUUGCCCCUGGCUUUUGUCCUCAACAAAUACUAUGACCGCAGUUGCCCCUGGCUUUUGUCCUGCACAGAUCCUAUGACCGCAGUUGCCCCUGGCUUUUGUCCUCAACAAAUACUAUGACCGCAGUUGCCCCUGGCUUUUGUCCUGAACAGAUCCUAUGACAGCAGUUGCCCCUGGCUUUUGUCCUGCACAGAUCCUAUGACCGCAGUUGCCCCUGGCUUUUGUCCUGCACAGAUCCUAUGCAGUUCAGGUGGACCUGCUGCAGUUUGGUGCCCGACACAUGCCAGAGGUGGUUAGGAAUCAGACCCAAACUCACUCGGCAGCAGCUGUGACCAUUGUACCACCACACCCAUGUACGGUGUAUCAGAAAUAUAUAGGCUUAGCUGGUAACUGCUGAGCUUCUGUCCUAUACUCUGACAUCCACAUGGUUUCUCUCCAACUCAACCUCCCUCUUCAGAAACCUGUGAUUUAUUUUUUUCUAGGAGGUUCAACUCUGAAGCCACUACUAAACCUUGGGAAGGAGGACCUUAGCAGUCCCUGGGUACAACAUGCGGCACGUUUGCAACCGUCACAAGCCAAUCGUUGCAUGGUCGCUGAAUCUUGCGUCAUGCUGUAUAAUGUGAAUGGCUGAAAUGGGAAGGAUUGAGACUGUUGGUGUCUGAGUCCAAAUGGUUUUCAUCUUGUUAGAUAUAGCCUUGGUAGUUAAACAGUCUUCCAGGCAAACACCUGACAUAUGGUGCUCCCCACUCCAUCCAAGGGCUUCAUCUUUCAACCCUACCGCCAUCUUUUCUCUCUGACGUUGGGUGGCCUCAGGUGCACAGCUGGUCAACAUUUACCAUCUCGCCAGGGUCAUUUCUGUGUGUGUGUGUGUGUGUGUGUGUGUGUGUGUGUGUGUGUGGAUUCAGCUGACUUUUAACAUUGUAAGAUGGGCUAGUGAUGCGUGAUGUGAAUAAUGUGUGUGUGUGUGUGUGUUUGUGUGUGUGCCAGUCUUGCCUAGCGACUGUGGCUCUGAUUACAGGGUAAAUUUUACUUGCGGUCUAACACAGGUCUGUGCUCUAAAGCUGCGUAGAGUUUAGGAUGUUUACGGGUUGUUGCUGUUGUUGUUGUGAAGGUCUGUGCCCUUGGGAAAUAGACCAAAUGUUGGAAACUGGGGAUUCACUCUGCACCUGCUUCACCAUAACAAUGCCAGCUCCAAAACAUUCACAAGCAAAUCACUACACCAGUUCAGAGUUGUGGUGUCUUUUUGGUUAGACACAAAAAAUUUUGCCAUGCCUCUUAAGUGUCAAGUCACAUGCACUUCUAGUAUAAUGCACAAGGGGGAGCUCUAAUAUUUCAUAAGCAGUGCAAGAUCUCCAUGGUAGCAAAAACAUUUACCCAAUGUAGCCACAGUGGCUGCUCAUUAGAGUUUUUUGAUCACACGGGUGUGUAGCUCUAAUAUUUCUUGUAGAAAUUGAAUGCUACAUCUUAUCAUAGCACUUAUGUAGUUUAAAAAACCUAUGCAUUUGAGAGUGCCAAACAACUGCGCGAACAUGUUUGCCAUUUUGUCAUUGAGUUGCAGUUCUGUCAUCAAACGGAAGAUGACUCAAGAGCGCCCUCCAAUGCAGUUACCGGCGUGCAUUUUCUAAAGACCUCUGACACAGAAUCCUGCCCUCUAUCACCCGGAGAAAUCAGAGUAAAAAACAUGGUUUUCACUCUUUUCAAACAUUUACAAAAGUGUUUUUUUUAUUAUUAUUAAUUAUACCAACCUUUGUACAUUUUUUUUAACACCUCUCUCACUUUGUGAAUCCUGUACCUCAACGCAUCUACAUUCCACUGUCUGAGCGCAUGGCAUAGGCUACACCGUAGAUUCACAAUGACCGGUGAUGAUGUGAACUCCAGGGUGCACAGACAAUCACAUAACCACACAUCAAUAAAGUCAACGUUCCAAAAACCAAA